AUGGCUCUCUCAGCUAUGGGAUGGAGAGCAAGUCCAGGGGCGUACACAUCCCUACCAACCCAUAUUCAUAAUGGCCGCUCUCUAUUCCGCCCUGUUCUGCGUCGUCAGCUCCAUUCUGAAUCUCCAUCCUCCUCUCGGAUGCGAGCAAGGCUCCAGUCGUUCAAUAACCGUCUUCCAAAAUUCCUCCGGUCGUACACGACACCCCUUUUUAAUGCGCCAGUCACACAUAUUACUUCUUUCCUGAUACUUCACGAAUUAACAGCUAUUUUACCCCUUUUUGGUCUCGUCGGGAUCUUCCACUAUGGUGGGUGGUUACCAUCCCUGGGGAAUUCUGAUGGUACUUCGCCUGUAGACGAGGGAGUCAGGAAAUUCGGAAAAUGGCUUCGAAAACGCGGUUGGGUCCAAGAGGAUGUGGAAGAUAUAUCUAUCGUGAAUAGCGGGACUAGUGUUUCCGGCGAGAAGACGCUUCAGGGUCAAGGCAGUGCUGCCGAACUUACUGCCAAAGAUAACCAAGGAAUGCGAUUAAUCUUGGAGUUUGCUACGGCAUACGCGAUUACAAAGGCUUUACUACCAGUAAGGAUUGUGUGGAGCGUAUGGGCAACUCCAUGGUUUGCAAGAACCGUUGUUGGGCCCUUUGGACGAGCCGUUGGACAUGUGACCUCUGCAUAUAAACGAAAAUAG